AUGGUCAAGCUCUCUGAAAUCAGAUCGGCAAACACGUCGCUCAAGUCCUCACGCUCCAGACUUACAGCCGUGGUCGUCGGUGGGACCAACGGCAUCGGGCGGGGCUUUCUCUCAGCCCUGGCCGCGCAGAGCGACAGCCCCAAGAUCUACAUAGUGGGUCGCAACCCGACCACGCUCUCGACCAUCGUGUCGGAGCUCCAGUCGCUGAACCGGACCGGGACCUACAUCCCCGUGCCGGUGGCAGACCUGACGCUGCUCGCCGACGUAGAGAAGGCCACGGCCCAGAUUGUCGAGAAGGAGCCCAAGUUGGAUCUGCUGUUCAUGUCCCAGGGUUACUUAUCGCUAGGCGGUCGUGACGAGAGCGUAGAGGGACUUGAUAAGCUGACGACUAUCCGUCACUACGGCCGAACGUUGUUCAUCCUCAACCUGCUCCCGCUGCUCAAUGCCGCGCCAUCUCCGCGCGUAGUGAGUGUUCUAGGCGGUGGCCAGGAGGGCCCUAUCUUCACCGAUGACCUGGAAUUCAAGGACCCAAAGAACUACAGUCUGCCCAAGAUUGCCGGGGCCAGCGGCACCUACGUGACGCUUACGCUGGAGCAGCUACAGAAGCGUAACCCGAAGAUCAGCUUUGUCCAUGCGUUCCCGGGGCUCGUCAAGACCAACUUGAUCAACCCCGAGCACUGGGGGCCGGUGGCCCGGUUCCUUAUCAACUGGGUCCUUCUGCCCACGAUCGGCCGCUUCUUCUUCAUCUCGCCAGAGGUGUCUGGGGAGCGCAUCUUGUACGCGGCCUCGAGCCCGCAGUUCGGCGCCCAGGGGACCGGUGACGACUUGGCCGUGGGGUCCAAUGGCGUGCGGGGCAGCGGUGCCUACACGCUCAACGAGAAGCCCGAGGCCGUGCACAAUGACAAGGCUCUGAAACCACUCCGGGAAGAGAAGUCGGACGUCCUGAUCUGGGAGCAUACAUUGGAGAUACUGGAGAGAGUUUUGGGCAGGAAAUUCUAA